GUGUGAGUGCUGUGAGUGGAAGCUGCAGAAGGUUUCCUGCUGGAACAACUGAGUGUCUCUCCCAGCGUUGAAUAUGGAUGUAGCUGUUCAACAUGGACUUCCGAAAGUUAACUCGGCCUGAAUGAACUUCAGGAGAGAGUGGAUGGGUCUUCUGACAGGAAUUUAUGCAGUAUGGAGAUGUUCACCAGGCAGUGCUUUGUUUGGAUACUUCUGAAGGGAACCGUUUGUUUGCUGGUUCUUGGUCAACAUAAUGGCAACUUCACCUUCAGCAAGAGAACAUCACCUGAACUCAACAGAGACCAAGACCCGUCUUCACAGAAAAACUGGGCGUCCCAAACUAGGAGCUUGAUUCAGAACACCAAACUACCAAUCAGUCCUUUUAUUCCCCUUUCAAAGCCGGGACUUCUGGAAAUACUUGGAGGAAACCCCCAGUCAUACUCCAACCCGUCCUUAAAGAUAAAGCUUCGCCCCAUCAUGAAAGUUCAUGGAACAUCUAAAUUCUCCAGGACAUUCAGUUGGGGGGACUUUUACUCAAACAUCAAAACUGUCAAGCUGAAUUUGCUGAUAAUGGGCAAGAUUGUGGAUCACGGGAACGGCUCUCUCGGAGUCUACUUCCGUCACAACUCCACAGGUGUGGGCAACGUGUCUGUCAGUCUUGUCCCACCAAUGAAAGAGGUGGAGUUUGAUCUGGAGCGCCAAAGUGUAGUCAACCCCAAAGACUCAAAGACGUUCAACUGCAGGGUGGACUAUGAGAAGACUGAACGGAACAAAAAGGUGAUGCUGUGCAACUAUGACCCAUCCAAGACGUGUGCUCAGGAGCAGACCCAGAGCCACAUCACCUGGAUGUGCUCCAAGCCAUUCCAGGUCAUCUGCGUCUAUGUGUCUUUCUACAGCACAGACUACAGACUGGUUCAAAAAGUCUGUCCAGACUACAGCUACCAGAAUCCAGGAGCCUAUCUGCCCACAGGUUAACCCAAGGUUGAGCCAAGGACGACAGUGGAGAGACAAUGUUUUAAUAAAUCCAGUUGGAGCAGCUAUGAGUUAUGAGUGAUGGAGGUUUUUAAAGGGAUUUCUCCAGAGAAUAAAUUUUUCUUAUAAUUAACCAAAUACUGUAAAGUAUAUGUUUUAGUGCAAUAUCUUGCUUGUUGUAGACCACAAGAGUUGUGUUAGACAGUUUUUAUGACAUGCAUUAGGGCUGCAGCUAACAAUUCUUUUAUUAUCGAUUGAUGUGACCAUUAUUUUUGAUUUUCUUAUUUUAUGAAAUGACAGAAAGUUGUGAAAAAUGCAAAAUCACAACCUUCACAUUAUCUGUAUUGUCUGACCAACAUUUCAAAGCCCAAAGACAUUUAGUUUACAGUCACAUUAGAUAAAAUUCUGCAUUUUCUUUUUUUUUAGAAAGACUGACAUGAACAGUUAAUAGAUUCUCAAAAUAGUUGCUAAUUCAUUUUCUAUUGAACAACUGAAUAAUCAGUUUUUUGCAUUGUAAGGGUUAAUAUAUCAUCAUCAUGGUAAAAAUAUCUGUGGACUAUGGAUAUAUCGAGAUAUACCAUGCAUUUGCAACACUCUUAUUUUCCAUUACCUUGUACACUUAAUAUUAUUAUCAUUAUAGUUAUUUAUAUCAUUAUAUUAAUACCCUAUUAAUGUCACUUUUACUGUAUG